CCCUUGUAAAAUUUAGCCAGUACUCGGCGGGGACUUUAGUGGUGUCCAGCUCUUCUGAGCUUUCGUAUCCUUUUUUCCAUAUUAGUUAUGAAAUUGCUUAGAAACAGGAAAAUAUUAAAGGAGUCUGCUUUAAUCCAAGAUUUUUCCAAUUGAACUUCUGAAAGCUAAAGUGUUGCUAAUUUUCCAACAAAAUUCUGGAGAAAAGGAUACGCGAGUCUGGUAGUCAAAGCGGUUCUUGCUACUCAGAAGUGCGGUUUUGCGUUGCGACUUGCCGUGAGUGCAGUGGUCCACGAAUAUAUUGGUGCUGAAGCACGGUAAACUCGCGUGAAUUACCGACUGUUUUCUAAUCAACUAACCGCAUAACUUCAGCGUUUCUAGUUUUAUCAAUAAACGAGCUCAGAUUCUCCCAGUGAUAUCCCCGCGAUUAAACAGCACCAACGCCGCAAAUCAAACCUCAUUGCAAAUACGUCGAAGCUCCCAACUAGCUGUGCUGUCUGCUCAAGUGCGAAAAAGUUUUCCAUAAAUAUAAAAUACAAGUGAAAAGCCAACAAAGGUAGUGAAGUGAAUUUAAUUUAAAAGUUUUAAGUGAGCAAGUUUUAUUAGACCGAAACGAAGUAAGUGGGGAACCGGAAUUAAAAAAAAUGGCUUGGGGCUAUUGGAGUGCCACAACGGUAGAUCGUGGCCGUUCACCACGUCGUAAUACACAAUGUGUCGCGAUGCCAGUGAAUACGGUACCGCAAUCAGAACCUCCACCACCCGUCGCCACCUGCUACAGUCCAACCUGCCGUAGCCGAUGCACUAGUCCUUGCCAUAGUCCGUGUCCGGAUAGUCCUUGUCAGUCGGUAAGUCCACCAUUGCCGGCUCCUCCAUCAUUGGCACAAUGCUCGCAAAUGCAACAACCACAACAACCGCCACAACCGAUUCUACCGCCAGAGGAUUACUCCCGACGUGCUUCAUUGGACCGCUUGGAUAGUCCACAGUCCUACGAUUUUGGCAUACAGGCACAUCAGCUCUCGGACAUACUGUGUCGGGGUGCGACGGUUUCAUCAAUACAAUCGGCCAGCAACACCCUCACACGUGGAACAUCAUUACGAGGCAGUGUAAUGGCAGGUGGAGUGGACACAGGUGACUACGAUGUACCGCAUCCGCAUCCUUAUACACAUCAUUAUAUGCAAACGACAGCAUCCAUCACCCCACCACAUUCGGCCAUGAGUCUGGUGGGCUCACGUCCUGGAUCGGCUGGUGGCUCAGGACAUGGUUCCGGAUCGGGCUCGAGCCCAGGUGGAUGUGUAAGUGGGAGUGGCAGUGGAAUGGGUCGAAGUGGUGGAGGCCGAAGUAGUGGAGGUGGUGGAACGGGAAGUUGUGAUGAUAGUGGCGGUGGAGGUGGUGGAAGUAGUGGAGGACGUAAUAGUGUUUUAGGCGAUUUGAUAGGAGGCGGCGGUGGUGUGGGUAUUGGAAUUAGUUACCAGGAAUGUAUACAUUAUGAGAGAUUGCCGAUACCGGUGCCUAUACCCACGGUGCCGCCACCACCACCCCUGCAUUCCGAGGAGGAAAUUGAACCAGCUUACGCUACAGUAUUUCCGAAUGUGCCAUCAGCGCCUGGACUGUCCUGUGUAGGAGAAGAUCGGAGUAUAUACAGACGAGGAGCACGAAGAUGGCGAAAACUGUAUCGUAUCAAUGGACACAUAUUCCAAGCGAAAAGAUUUAAUCGGCGAGCCUUCUGUGCCUAUUGUCAAGACCGCAUAUGGGGACUUGGACGUCAGGGAUUCAAGUGCAUUCAAUGUAAACUUCUGGUGCACAAGAAAUGCCACAAACUAGUGCAAAAACCAUGUACUAAUGAGCACGUCGAACCCGUUGUGAAAGAACGUGAUGAGCUCAAUGGCGAAGCACCACCAGAAAUCAUUCCUCCAGCUCCAGAUUAUCCGCCAGAAUUGACGGAACCUUGUGAUCAGGUAGCCGUCGAGGCACCACAAAAUGUGGAAGAGAACUUAGAGCCAGGCGCUCAACGUCAAUACUCGCUGGACGAUUUUGAAUUGAUUCGAGUUAUUGGUCGAGGCAGCUACGCUAAGGUCCUAAUGGUUGAGUUGAAAAAGACUCGAAGAAUUUACGCUAUGAAAGUUAUAAAAAAGGCUUUAGUAACGGAUGAUGAGGACAUCGAUUGGGUGCAAACAGAAAAGCAUGUUUUCGAAACAGCUUCGAAUCAUCCAUUUUUGGUUGGAUUGCAUUCUUGUUUCCAGACACCGUCAAGGCUCUUCUUCGUUAUCGAAUUCGUCCGCGGUGGAGACCUCAUGUUUCAUAUGCAACGGCAGCGACGCCUUCCUGAGGAACACGCUCGUUUCUAUGCAGCUGAAAUUAGUUUGGCCUUGAAUUUCCUUCAUGAGAAAGGAAUAAUUUAUCGUGAUUUGAAGCUGGAUAACGUUCUGUUAGAUCAUGAGGGUCAUAUCAAAUUGACAGAUUAUGGCAUGUGUAAGGAGGGAAUACGUCCUGGUGAUACAACUUCAACAUUUUGCGGAACGCCUAAUUAUAUAGCUCCUGAAAUUCUCCGUGGUGAAGACUACGGAUUUUCGGUGGAUUGGUGGGCCUUGGGUGUGUUACUCUAUGAAAUGUUGGCUGGACGUAGCCCGUUCGAUAUUGCUGGUGCGUCAGAAAAUCCAGAUCAAAAUACGGAAGAUUAUCUAUUCCAAGUUAUAUUGGAGAAAACUAUUAGGAUACCUCGUUCGUUAAGCGUUAAAGCGGCUCAAGUACUUAAAGGUUUCCUAAAUAAGAAUCCUGCUGAUCGUCUAGGUUGCAAUCGUGAAUCGGCCUUCAUGGACAUUGUCAAUCAUCCGUUCUUUAAAUCUAUCGACUGGGAAAUUCUUGCACAAAAGGAGGUCCAACCGCCUUACAUUCCGACUUUUGAUCCCGGCGAUCCAGAUUUUGCAUCAAAUUUUGAUCCACAGUUUACCAGAGAACCGGCUGAAUUGACGCCUGACGAUCCCCGGGUGAUUGACAGAAUCGAUCAGUCAGAGUUUGAAGGCUUCGAAUAUGUGAAUCCACUCCUAAUGUCCUUGGAAGACUGCGUCUGACAUCACGAGUCCUGUCAGCUGCAUCCAUACAACAUGCAGCUUUACGGUGACGAUUCAAGUGACUAUGAUUCUGUAGCUGAUGAUCUCAGCAUAAUGCAGUUACCUCCUCCACCAUCCAAAAGUCUACUUCAGCACAUGUUUUGCCUUCCAUUGAACUAAAAACAACAAAGAAAAAAAAACAUAAAAUGAACAAAAAAAAUAUUAAAACAAGACAUAGAAUUAUAACAAAAUGCAACAAAAUGUAUUUCAAAAUUUAGAAAUAGCCAAAAAAAACAAAAAAAGACGAAUUAAAUACACAAUAUUGGAAAUCAUAGCAGGAAUAAAGCGAAAGAUAGUCAUCACACAUUGACGCUUUUAGAAUCCAUCUUUUAUCGUUUCUAGACCGAAAAAAAAGUAACAACAAAUUACUAAAUAUAGCGACAAAGAGAAAAGACAAUUUGCACUGAAAUCAUGCAUUUUUAAUUGAAAUUGUUUUAAUUCAUUGGAAAUUAUUGGAAUUUGUAAAUUUUAAAGCUACGAAUGAACGAAUUGAGUGGAAUAAUUGUAAUUUUUAUUCAAAAAAAAAAAAUAAUGGACAUUAAAUGGUGUCCUGAACUUGAAUGUAAAAUUUAAAAAUGUUGGAUUUCAAACUUAGUUCUUUUUUAUAUAAAUGGGGUAGUUCUGUUCCGAUAGUAUGUUUACUGUUUAGGGUGAAAUGUCGCAUUAAAAAUUGGGGGAAAAGAUGAAAAAUUCGAAAUUAAAUCGAAUGUAAUUUAUAUUAUAAGCUUGAAAUCGUCCAAUUGGCAAUUGAAAGUAUUAUUUUUAAUGCUAAUUAUGUAAUUAUGAAUAUUAUUUUGUAAGGAUGAAAGAAGUACUUAUUAUAGAAAAGGAUAUUUGGGAAAAUUGGACAUGUGAAGGAUAAUUGGAAUAGUUUUUGUAAUAUUUAUGUUUUCAAUCGGAAUCUGUUGGGGGUUUUUCUUGAAUGGAUUUUGUAUGCAUAUUGUUCGAUUUUUUUUUAAUGAGAGCUCAAAGGGUUUUGCAAUUGGCAGUCAAUCGGUUUUAACUUUGAUAUUACCAGGUGUACUCCUAAUUAAUUUCCGGCUUUUUUGUGAAUGAAACACAUAAUUCCAAGGGAACCGCAAUAGUUAUUUUAUUCGAAAUAUUUUCCAUCACUUUCUACACAUUUUGUCCACCUUUCUGGUAAUUUGUGAAUACCAGACCUGUAGAAUUGACUCCCUUUGGAGGUGAACCACUCAGUGAGCCAUUUCCCCAAAUUUUCGUAGG